AUGAGCCGAUUGGGAAUGCUGGCGUGGGGUGCCGUGUCGGAUCCUUGCGUUACUUCGUCAUAUGGGCAUCAUAUGGAUAUGGAGAUUGAUCGGGAUGCAGAAGGACGUGAAGAGAAUUAUUACAAGGAUCCAGAGCGCAGGAUGCGCGCGAUUGCACUACUUGCCCAGAUAAAGAGACAUAACGAGGAGAUUGUCAAGGCUUUUCGCAAGUGGGAUGGGUACGAACGCACUUUGAAGAGGUUUGUCUCUGAGGUUUCUGCGGGCGGGCUACUUCAAGCUCACAAGGAAUCCCAAUCAAAUGAAGCGAAGAAUGCAUAG